AGCACGUAUGUUUAUGCAUGCGGAGCAAGCCUAACCGUGCUGCUGGCCUGGGUAUGCAGGCAAGCGAUAUGCUGGAGAAAGUAUGCUGCGAUACGGCGCGGCUCUUGUUAUGCGACACAAUCGAAGGGCAACAGAAAGUACUGAACGCAUGGCCUCGUCGUUUUUGCUUUAAUUUUCAUUUAUUUGAUGUGUUUACAUAGCGUUGUUAAGGAAUCAAGAGCAGGAUCAACUUGUCAUUUUUUUGAAUGUAUCAUUUACAUAAAUUUGAUAAAAUGCCGAGGUAUAUUAAGACUUAUGAACCUAUCGACGAUUUUCUUGCUUCUCAAGGACUGGUGAGAAAAAUCACCGCCAAGGAUGGAUCCUGCCUUUUUCGAGCAGUUGCGGAACAGGUGUUCCAUACUCAAGCCCUCCACAAUGAUGUCCGCCAAGCCUGUAUCCGAUUUAUGGAGCGUAACAAGGAGCACUUUGAACCUUUUGUUGAAGGGCCAUUUGAACAGCACCUAGACAAGUUGCAGAAUGCAAAGGAAUGGGCUGGUCAAGUGGAAAUCAGUGCUUUAUCACUGAUGUACAAGAGAGACUUCAUAAUAUACCAAGAUCCUGGGAAACCCCCCAGUAACGUGACUCAGAAUGGAUAUCCUAACAAAGUACUUCUCUGCUUUUCCAACAACAACCAUUAUGACAGUGUCUUUACCAAGCAGUAUCAGAAUAGCCUGGGAGUGUGUCAGUCCAUCGUCUAUGAGAUCUUAUACAAGAAAGUCUUCAACAUUGCCAAGGAGGCAGACGAGGCCGUGGAGAUCUUACGUAACUCCCCAGGCAAGAAGCCCCAGCACAGACACUAUGGAUUCUCGGACGGACCCAAUGCUGGAGGCGAUACACUCAAUCAGCGAUCACCAAGAAGACAUGAGGAUGACGAGCGUGACAGGUUUGGGAGACUGAGGAUAGAGAAGAGGCGUCCUCCACUGCCUUACAAGGUAGCCAAAGCACUUGAUCCAGAAAUCUACAGGAAUGUGGAAUAUGACUGCUGGAAUGAGGGAAACAAAGAACAAAUGCAUCAGGACUAUCUACUGGCUACAGGUCUUCAGUUUUGCCCUGGAGACAAAGUUCAGGUGAUCGUAGAUGAGACUAAGAAGUGGUACAGUGCUCACAUUCAGGAGGUGAAGCCUGAUAAAGGACCAAUCACAGUGUUUGUAGAAGACCUUGGAGAAAAACAUGAGAUUCCAGUAAAGAAUGUGAAGCCUCACCCCUCUAAUCCACCAAGAUCAUGGACUACUGCACGCGGCGGUUUCAAGGGAGCUUCUAACUAUCACCAGAAGUAUGGAAAUGGUGCUCCAAAUGGUGACUUCAGAAACAGAAGCAAACCACCUGUCAAAUGGGGGCGGGGCCAGGGCAUGAUGGUAUUGGCCCAGUCUUACCCCCCUGGAGGGGAGCCUAUGGGUGAGGGCCAGAGUAUCCCCUAUCAGAUGAGAGGGCAGCAGAACGGCAGCCACAAGGGACCAAAAUCCCCCUCUCCAUACGGGUCUUCUACACCACCACCUCGCUUUAUGAAUAGGGGGAUGGAGGGACACGUGGAGCAGAUGGGGAGAGGGAGAGCUCCCGGGUACCAGGGCACACACAUGAUGCAAGAUAACAGGGGAGGUAGAAACGGACGGAUGUACAACCAAGGAAUGCAUGGUGGCAACUAUCAGUAUGAAGGAGAUAUGUCCAGCGAGGAAAUGGAGGAAAGGAAGGCUUUUGAAGAAAACAUGGCCAUGUAUGAAGUGCAGGAUCAAUCUUCAUUUCCAACACUGCCUAUGCAGUCCAAUUGUGGACCUCAAGGUGGUCCUGGCAAUAACCCUGCUCAGUUUUGGAGUAAGAUGAGAAAGGAUGGUAGGAGAAGCAUAUCACCACAGCAACGAAUGGACUCGCCCUCUCCACAUCAUAUGACAGACAAGAGAGGUUCUGAUCCUAUGGACUCCAUGAUACCUGGGCAGUUUCAAGACAUGAUGAUGUCCAAUCAAGAUCAAAGAGGCAUGGAUGUAGGUUGUAUGGAAAGACAUUACAGUCCUAUCACAACUAUGACAGAUGAAGGCAUGAUACACCCUUCCACCUCUCCGUCCAUGCCUAAGUGUGCCACACCCUCUAGUCUGAGCAUGAGCCCCUCUCUGGACCCCCAAUCUGGGUCUCCACCAACCAUUGCUCCUGCUGGUUACGUUCCACCGAUGACCAUGGGGUUACCCUUCUACCAUUUCUUCAUCUCACUAACAGAGUGGAAUAUACCAGGAAACGUCAACUUCAACUCUCAAAUCUCACGAGAUCCAAAUGGGAGUGAUCUACCAUUAUCAGGUCUGUGUUACAUCAUCACCCUCUUUCUCAAAAUUAGGAAGAAGAUAUCAUUUUGUAUUUUAUUCCAUGCAUGUUUACCUGUAGUUCCUUUUUCUUUCCUUCUUUAUUAAUUUCUUCUUUUUUUC